UGCACAAAACUCAUUUCCUUAUAUGGUGACACUCUGACUGUUCUAAAGACACAGCUGCAACAUUGACUUCCUCUUUUACAAUCUAUGGCAUUUUAUUGUCUCUUUUUCUUAUGAGGAAAUAAACUAUUUGUUAAAGCUUUCACACUGGCCACUAAAUAUAAAAUGGUGMUAAGCAAAAUCAGAUAGAUAUAAUAAUUGAACCAAUUUUAUUGCUAGAUUAACUCAACACUGCUUAUGCUAAAUAAAGCAUAGAAGAGUAAAUUUAAGGCCUCAUAAUUCCACACCCCUUAACAUAUGUCAUGAGGCGGAGUCAGGAUSCGAAGAGGUUUGUUUCUGGAUGUUUGGCUGAUGCCUGUCGUAGGCAGAUUAAAACAAAAGCUAAUCAGUCCCACAGCUGUGUCCGGAUUGUUUUGUAUGGCUCACUCAAACAUUCACAUGUCAACAAGUUGCUUACUUUUUAACAAGAUGCAAAUUAUAUAUUAACCAAGAUGCACUGACCAGGUAUUGUAAUAAUCGUUAAGCUGAUGUGCUGCUUUUAUUACGUUCAUCAUAAAACUGAGCCGGGACUGAAGAGGAGCAGAUUUUCAACAGAAGCUUCAUCUAUAGCUGCAUAUGUGCAAAAACUAACUCAAAAAUAACAUUUUUUAAUCUCAUUUCUAGUUUUGUUUUAAAGAAAUGAUGACAAAGUUUGUGUUAGUUUGUUUGGGAUUGUGGUUCAGUUUUUGUGCCAUGACUGGAGCUGAGGACCAGAACAUGACCAGAGCUCUGAUGCUGAUGUCUGAGACGCCGCUCAUCGAUGGCCACAAUGAUCUGCCAUGGCAGCUUCGAAAGCAAUUUAACAAUCAGCUCCAUGAAGUGAAUCUGCAGAAUCUGUCAACAACUCACACCAACAUCGAAAAGAUCCAGCAGGGACGACUUGGUGCACAGUUCUGGUCGGCCUACGUUCCCUGUGGAGCUCAGUACAGAGAUGCUGUCAGACAAACUCUGGAGCAGAUUGAUGUGAUCCACAGGAUGUGUCAGKUUUACCCACGAGCUUUCAUGUUCGCCACCAGCAGACAAGACAUCCUCGAUGCCUUCAGGUCCAACAGGACCGCCAGUCUGAUCGGGGUGGAGGGGGGUCACUCCAUCGACAGCAGCCUGGCCACCCUGCGCACCAUGUACCAGCUGGGGGUCCGCUACCUCACACUCACYCACUCCUGCAACACACCCUGGUCGGACAACUGGCUGGUCGACACUGAAUCAGAAACUCCUCAGCACAACGGCCUGACUAAUUUUGGCAAGCAAGUGAUCGCUGAAAUGAACCGUCUGGGGAUGCUGAUAGAUUUGGCUCAUGUUUCUGUAGAUGUGAUGAAUCAGGUGCUGGAUUUGUCUAAAGCUCCAGUUAUCUUCAGCCACUCCUCAGCUUACAGCAUCUGUAACCACAAGAGAAACGUGCCGGACGAUGUCCUCCGCAGAGUGAACCAYACUGGAGGGAUUGUGAUGGUGAACUUCUACAACGAGUAUGUGACCUGCGGCCCAGCGGCCAAACUCUCAGACGUUGCUGAUCACUUUGACCACAUAAAGAAAGUGGGCGGAGCUGGGAUUGUCGGUUUUGGUGGCGAUUAUGAUGGAGUUACCAGACUUCCUGUAGGGUUGGAGGACGUGUCCAAAGUUCCCAAUCUGGUGGCAGAGCUUGUGAGGAGAGGAUGGAGCGAUGAGGAAGUUAAAGCUGSUCUUGGAAAUAAUCUGCUGCGGGUCAUGGGUGAGGUGGAGAAGGUUCGUGACAGUCUGAGUGGACAGCGCCCGGAUGAUAAGCCUAUUCCAGAAAACGAGGUUGAGAAUCCCUGCAGGACAAAUGUCGAUGGCUUAGUCUCCGGGGUCGUUCAUUCAGUCAGUACAUCUGUCCUCCUGCUGGCUGCUGCCCAGGCUUGUUUCACUCUAACAGCUCAAUAAGACGCUCGUCACGUGCAACUACAUUUAUCUCUUGAGUAAUAAAAUCUAAAAAAAAAAACAAUGUUUUUGUCAGUUUUG